UAACAUUCAAAGGAAUCCUCAUUUUCUUUUGUGCGACGAUAUCUAACGUUUCUCAGCGGACCUUAAGAGGAGACGGCUGGACACACAAAGAAACAGCCAGACAUGGGCGGAUCAGAAUCUAAGGAGCACCCUUCCUGCUCUCCAUUGCUGCAAGAACCAUGGAGGAUACUGGAUUGGAGCAAAAGGGAUGAGAUGAAAGACCAUUUGAGGAGACUGGAAAUCAGCAAUGAAGAUGUUAAGCAUCUCCGUAUCCUGGUUCAUGGUCCAGUGGGAGCAGGAAAGUCCAGCUUCAUCAACUCCAUAGACAGCAUCUUUCAGGGGCGAAUGACCAAUGGAACCACAGCUGAAGGAAAUGCUGGACACAGCUGCACAAAGACAUACAAAACCAACAAAAUUAAAAAUGGAGAAUAUGGAUCCUACUUACGAUUUGUCAUCAGUGAUGCCAUGGGUCAGGAAACAGGCGAUUCCAACGGAGUGCAAACAGAUGACCUGAUAAAAAUCUUGGAGGGUCACAUCAAAGAAGGGUAUAAGUUCAAUUCUGCAAAGUCUUGUCAACAGGAGGAAAAGGAAUAUAACAAAGAUCCAAGUCUGAGUGACAGGAUUCACUGUCUGGUCACUGUCAUUCCAGCAAGUAGUAUCCUCUGGUGUGCUGACAAGAAAGUUUCAGGCAAUGUCAUGCAGGAAAAGGAUGAAGCCUUCAUCAACAAGAUCAAAGAUGUCAGAGCAUGUGCCAGCACGAUGGGCAAGUGCUUUUUACACCAUUGACCCUGACUGAAGACCAUUUUUUCACACUUGAUGCCCUUGUGGCAGAACAAAGGCUUAUUGUGUGGCUAUGCUACAUGACAAAGAUAAAAUAGACCCCACCAUUUAAAUCAGAGGGAAUAGCCCUCAUAAAUUAUAUGAAAUAUAAUAAAUAAUUGUGAGGGCUGAACAAUACCUUUAAAAUUCAACCCUAAAAAACACCAAAAUAUUCAUUUAUUAAUAUAAAUCUAAUUUUCAGAAAUUAGAAUGGUUAAUCUGAAAAGCAAGCUUGGAAACCAGACUCUCUGACUUCACAG